AUGUUUUUGACACAGAACAUCAUAUUAGAUUUACUGGGCAUUUUUGUGGCCAUAAUAGCAAUUUUUGCAGCAAAUCACUUAUGGACACUUGGAUAUUGGAAGAGGCGAGGAGUUCCUGGCCCAGGAGGCAUAUGCCUCUUUGGAAGCAUAAAGGACGUUGUUUUAAUGAAAAAGACUAUGGAAUGUUUCUUCAGAGACUUAUAUAGUGAAUAUAAAUCGAAAGGUGAACGCUAUAUUGGAUGUUAUUUAUUUGGUAGUCCAAUUUUUAUUCCUAUUCAUAUAGAUGUGAUUAAAGAAGUGUUGAAUACUCAUGACCAUUUUGAUAGUCACGGUUUCUAUUUCAAUAAAAACCAAGCUAUAACAACCAAUGUGUUUUCAUUAGCAGGGACUAGAUGGAAAGAAGUUCGCGCUAAACUUACGCCAACUUUUACACCCGCUAAAAUAAAAAUGGCCUAUAAUUCUCUUUUAGAUUGCAAACUGGAUUUAGAAGUACUUCUUGAUAAUGCUUCCAAAAAUAAUCCCGUGAAUAUUAGCGAUAUAUUAAUCCGUUUUACAACUGAUGUAAUUGGGUCUUCUGCGUUUGGACUAGAAAUUGGCAGUAUGAAGGAUUCUAACAAAGCUUCUGAUUUCGUAAUAAAUGGUAACAAAGUACUUGAGCCUUCAAUUCAAAAUUUAAUACGAUUAAUACUUCCGUUUAUCGUUAAUCAUGAUAUUUUACGAGCAUUGAAUUUUAAUGGUUUUAACCCAUGUAUUAACGAUUUUUACGUCAAUACCACACUGUCAACGAUCAAACAUAGAGAAGAAAAAAAUAUUGUAAGAAACGAUUUUAUGGAUUUACUAAUUCAAUUGAAAAAUAGCAAAAACGAACACAAGAGGCUGACAAUUUCUGAAAUAAUAGGACAAUCUUUUGUAUUUUAUAUCGCUGGAUUUGAAACUUCCGCAAGUUCAACAACUUUUGCAAUUUUUGAACUUUCUCAGCAUCAAAACAUUCAAGAUAAACUUCGUCAGGAAAUAAAUCUAGUUCUGAAUAAAUAUGGGAAUCAAAUUACUUAUGAAGCUGUACAAGAAAUGGUUUACCUAGACCAGGUUGUUUAUGAAUCAUUGCGGAUGUAUCCACCAGCACCAUUUUUGGUAAGAUUAUGUAACAAAGACUACAAAGUGGUUGGAACGGAUUUGUUAAUUGAGAAGGGAACGUCAGUGUUUAUUCCUUCAAGCGGAAUCCAGUACGAUCCUGAGUAUUAUCCAAAUCCGGACAAAUUUGAUCCUGAGAGAUUCAAUGCCGAGAAUAGGAAGAAAAUUCCAUCUUAUUCAUGGUUACCCUUUGGAGAGGGACCCAGAGUUUGUUUAGGUAUGCGAUUUGGAAUUCUACAAAUUAAAAUUGCUCUAAUAACUCUUAUACAAAAUUUCAAAUUCUCUCUCAACAAAAAGACAACACUACCACUUAAACUGAGUAGAUCGGUAUUUUUGAUGAAAUCUGAAGAAGGAAUUUAUAUUGAUUUAGAGAGCAUAAACAGAAGAGAAUAA